CUCUACGCCGUGUUCUACUCAUCUCCGAGGUUUCCCUCUGUGUAUCUAGGCUUCUACGGCAUGAUCCCAUCGACUACAGCCUCGGCUUCCUGGCAUGUUUAAUCAGCUCCGUCAUCGCAGUCACUACCCACGUCCUAUAUUAAUGCCAUCUGGUUGAAGCCCUGAACAUCCUCCUCACAAAGACACCCUCCUCCCGGCCCUCCCCGCUGUGAUUUUCACGACCAUCGUCCUAUUCUGUUCGUCUGAAACGCACGCUCCUCCAUCCACCUACCGUCCUUAUCAUGGACAGUCCCUGCAUGUACGAUAAAAUGGGCAUCAGCCAUAGCGUCACCAUCUUGGCGGGUCUCUCUCUCCUGGGAACCGUAGUCAUAUAUGUUCUCGGCUGCCACGGGGCCCAGUUGCGCAUGCUAAACCCCGUUGCUGUGCCUGAAUCUUCCGUGAUAGGUGCAGAGGCAUACAAGAUUGCGUCAGGCUGAAACUCUUUCGCUCAGCUAUGAGGUCUGGGCUUUCUGCAUCCCCAAAACUGCACUAUUAGGUGGCUACUAUGUACGGGCAGGGGGCUGCUAGAGUAUCAUGCACUUACCCAAGUCGGUAUGUAGAUUAGGUACCUAGGCAUCCAGGUUCCAGGUUCCAGGUUCCAGGUUCCAGGCUCCAGCAGACCAGCAGGCCAGUGGAGCAACCUGUCAACCAGUAAGCUCCGCUGCAUUCCGUAGAAUAGGGAGAAAGGCAAUCCCAGGUGCAUGGAACUACCACUUUGG